GACUUGUAUAAUAAACUGGCCACUUCCAAGGGAUCGUCUUCUCCCGUAACUCAUACGAUCCAAAAAGAAGAAACCCGUUUUAGAACACGCUUUAUUAUUUUUUCUAUUGUUGUUGCUGUUAUAGCAUAUUUUUUGUCUCGAUAUCCAUUUUUUAAAAUGGCUGAUACAGGAAAGCGUCAAGUUUUGCCUACUAAUGUUAGACCAACCCACUACGACUUGACUUUAACUCCAGAUCUUAAGUCCUUUACCUUUGAGGGGACUGAGACUGUCAAUCUCGAUGUUAAUCAAAAUACAAAAACUAUAACCCUUAACGUAAAUGACAUUCAAGUCAAGUCUGCAAGACUGUCAAACUUGUCUUUGAAGACUAAUCAAAGCCAGAAUUCUAUAGAUAUUUCUCACGAUACUCAAAAGCAGACUGUUACUUUGACUUUUCCCGAGGAACUUCCUGUCGGAGCUAAAGCAUCUUUGCAUCUUGAAUUUACCGGUAUAUUAAAUGAUAAAAUGGUUGGUUUUUAUCGAAGUUCUUAUCAAGACGAGGCUGGAAAUACAAAAUAUUUAGCUACGACUCAAUUUGAAGCAACUGAUGCACGCCGUGCUUUUCCUUCAUGGGAUGAGCCUGCAAUUAAGGCUACCUUCGACAUCACUUUAAUUGUUCCGUCUGAGUUGACUGCUUUGAGUAAUAUGAACGUGAUCUCUGAGACUCCACUUGAAGAUGGCAAAAAAUGUGUCAAGUUUGCAAAAACUCCAAUUAUGAGUACUUAUUUGGUCGCAUUUAUCGUUGGUGAUUUGGCUUAUGUUGAGACUUCUACUACCGGUAUUCACAACGGUGGAAAGCCUGUUUUGAUUCGUGUUUACGCGACAAGAGGCAGCGAACACCUUGGUCAAUUGGCUUUGAAUGUUGCUGCGGAUGUUUUGGAAUACUUUGCUCAAGUCUUUGAUAUUCCAUAUCCACUGCCAAAGUGUGAUAUGGUUGCUAUUCCGGACUUUGAGGCUGGUGCCAUGGAAAAUUGGGGUCUUAUUACUUAUAGAACUGCUGCUAUAUUAUUUGAUCCUAAAGCAUCUGAUGCUAAGUUCAAACAACGUAUUGCAUACACUGUUUCUCAUGAGUUAGCUCACCAGUGGUUUGGUAAUCUCGUGACUAUGGAAUGGUGGGAUCACCUUUGGCUUAACGAAGGCUUUGCUACUUGGGUUGGAUACCUUGCUGUGGACAAGAUCUUUCCUGAUUGGGAUAUCUGGACUCAGUUUGUUACGGAAGGUUUUCAACGAGGACUUCAACUUGAUGCCUUAAGAUCAUCUCAUCCUAUCGAAGUUCCCAUUUUUGACGCCAUAAGUUACUACAAAGGUGCUUCCGUCAUACGCAUGUUGAGUAACUUCAUAGGAGAAAAUGUUUUCUUAGCCGGUGUUAGGCGUUAUUUGAAACGUCACGAAUAUAGUAAUGCUAGUACUGAUGAUUUAUGGAAAGCAUUAACUGAAGAAAGUGGAAUGGAUGUCGGCCAGUUCAUGACGGUUUGGACUAGAGUUGUUGGUUAUCCAGUUUUAACUGUUACUGAACCUUCUCCUGAUACGUUACAAAUUUGUCAAUCCCGUUUCCUUUCAACUGGGAAACUCAGUUCUAAUGAAGAUACUACACAUUGGUGGGUGCCACUUGGCAUAAGCCUUGGAUCUUCAUCAUCCAAUAAUGAACUUAAAUCUAAAGUCCUUACUACAAAAGAGAUUGAUUUAAAAUUGCCGGCUGGUGCAUUUGAAUUUUAUAAACUUAAUUCUUAUGUAACUGGCGUUUUUCGUGUAAAUUAUACCCCAGACCGAUUGGCAAAAUUGGGUCAAGCUGCCAAGAAAGGUUUACUUGAUACUAGUGAUCGAGUUGGGUUAGUUGCUGAUGCUGGUGCUUUGGCGGUAAGUGAUUAUGCAAAAACGAGCGGCUUUUUAAGCCUCAUUAAUGAAUUUGACAACGAAGAUAAAUACAUCGUAUGGUUGGAGAUUAAUUCUCGUAUUACGGAUCUCAUAAGUGUGUGGUUUGAACAACCUGAGCCUAUAUACCAAGGACUUUUAGCUUUUCAACGUCAUUUAGUUUCUAAAUUGGUUUCCAAAUUGGGUUGGGAAUAUCCUGAAAACGAAGACUACUUAAUCACUAUGAUGAGGACUUUAGUAAUUAAAGUUGCUGGCAGAGCUAAAAAUCCCGAAGUUAUUAAGGAAGCAUUUCGUAGGUUUGAAUUGUUUACAAAAAACAAUGACAAAUCGGCUUUACAUCCUAAUAUUCGUGGAGCUGUAUACGAAAUUGUGCUUUGUAAUGGUGGAGGAGUAAAUGAAUUUGAUGCAAUUUUGAAAGCCUAUCGCGAAGCAAAUACUUCAGAUCAGAAAGUUGUUGCUUUAACUGGUAUCGGAUUCGCUCAACAAGAUGAUUUGAUUAGACGUGCGUUAGAAUUUUCCAUAUCGAGUGAGGUUAAGAAUCAGGACAUUAUUUAUGCAUUCCAAGGCCUGCAAUUCAAUCGUAAAUCGCGAAGGGCAUUAUGGAAUUUUGUUAAGGAAAAAUGGGAAACUUUUCAAGACAGAUAUGCCAAAUCUCUUGGUCUGUUUGGACAUAUAAUUAAAUUUAGUACCGAUUCCUUUUCAUCUGAUGCAGAUAUUAAAGAUAUUGAAGAUUUCUUUUCUAACAAAGAAACUAAAGACUUUUUAAGACCUUUACAACAAAGUCUAGAAAACAUUCGUGUCAAUGCCGCUUGGUUAGCACGUGAUAAAAAGGAUGUUGAGGAUUGGUUGAGAGCUAAUGGGUACUUGCAAUGA